AUGGAUGACGCAGAGUUACGUGCCAUCAGGCAAGCACGUAUGGCAGAGUUACAGAAAAAUGCCGGCGGCGAUUCUUCAGGCUCCGGAGCAGCACAACAACAGUCCGCAGCAGCAGCAGGAAUUCUCAACCAAAUACUAGAAACGGAAGCGAGAGAAAGACUAAGCAGAGUGAGGAUGGUCAGACCAGAUAGAGCAGAAGCGGUGGAAAGCUACAUCAUCCGGUUAUUUUCAACGGGCCAGAUCAACAAAAAGCUCUCCGAGAGGGAUAUUGUUGAAAUGCUAGACGGAAUCAGUAGAGACACCCAGCUGAAGAAACAGACAAAGAUUGUGUACGAUAGAAAGCAUGUGGAUGUGGACGAUGAAGACGACGACGAUGACUUCUUUGACUAA